AUGGAGUCUAAUAAUGCAGAUGGGAGAGAGAUAAGAGGAGAGAUUGCUCCUGGUAAGGGAAGCAACAGAGUGUCUUCAAUAGAAAAUGGGAAUAAAGAACAGAGGAAUUUAGAACUACCUAUAGCCACCAAGGAAGACAAGGCACCUGCAUGGAAGCAGUUUUUGAGGCAUUUAGGACCUGGGUUUCUGGUUUCAUUGGCUUAUUUAGACCCCGGAAACUUGGAAACUGAUUUGCAGGCAGGGGCUAAUCAUAGAUAUGAGCUAUUGUGGGUUAUUUUGAUUGGGCUAAUCUUCGCACUUAUAAUUCAAUCACUCGCUGCAAAUCUUGGAGUGUCUACAGGAAAGCAUCUGGCUGAAUUGUGCAAGGCUGAGUAUCCUUUAUUUGUCAAAUACAGCUUAUGGCUACUAGCAGAGGCUGCAGUAAUUGCUGCAGAUAUCCCCGAAGUAAUUGGCACUGCGUUCGCACUUAAUAUAUUGUUCAGCAUACCGGUCUGGACAGGGGUUCUCAUUACUGGAUGCAGCACACUUCUGCUGAUUGGUUUGCAGAGAUAUGGGGUGAGAAAGCUGGAGCUUCUGAUAUCUAUGCUUGUGUUUAUCUUGGCUGGUUGCUAUUUUGGUGAAUUGAGCUAUGUGAAGCCUCCUGCAUCGGAGGUUAUCAAGGGGCUUUUCAUGCCUAGGCUCAAGGGAGCCGGUGCCACCGCCGAUGCUAUUGCUCUCCUCGGAGCUCUUGUUAUGCCGCAUAAUCUAUUUCUUCAUUCUGCGUUGGUGCUCUCUAGAAAGAUUCCAACCUCUGUGAAGGGAAUAAAUAGUGCCUGCAGGUAUUUCUUGAUGGAGAGCGGCUUAGCAUUGUUUAUUGCGCUACUUAUCAACAUUGCUGUUGUUUCUGUUUCUGGAACUGUAUGCUAUGCAAACAAUCUCUCUCCAGAAGAAGUUGAUCAAUGUGGCAAUCUAACCCUGGACUCGGCUUCCUUCUUACUCAAGAACGUCUUGGGCAAAUCAAGCUCCAUUGUCUACGCAAUCGCCUUACUAGCCUCUGGUCAAAGCUCUGCAAUCACUGGAACUUACGCAGGACAGUACAUCAUGCAGGGAUUUUUGGACUUGAAAAUGAGAAGGUGGGUAAGAAAUCUGAUGACUCGAUCAAUCGCCAUCAUUCCCAGCCUCAUCGUCUCCAUCAUCGGUGGAUCCUCCGGUGCAGGAAAGCUAAUUAUUAUUGCAUCCAUGAUACUGUCGUUUGAGUUGCCGUUUGCUCUCAUACCUCUUCUCAAAUUUAGCAGCAGCCGAACCAAGAUGGGUCCCCACAAGAACUCCAUCUACAUCAUUAUUGUAUCAUGGAUCCUCGGUUCGGGCAUCAUCGGGAUAAACAUAUAUUAUCUAAGCACUGGCUUCGUUGAUUGGAUUAUCCAUAGCAGUUUACCGAAGGCUGCUACUGUAUUUAUUGGAAUUCUUGUGUUCCCUCUAAUGGCUGCCUACAUUGUAUCAGUUAUUUAUUUGGUUUUCAGAAAAGAUAAAGUUACCACUUUUGAGGAUAACUCAGACUCCAUUGAAAUGGAAAUGGAGAAGGGGUCGCCUCACUUCAGUCGCAACAAAGAAGGAGGAACUGUGCCUUAUAGAGAGGAUCUUGCUGAUAUUCCUUUUGCAGAGUGAGGGGCAGAGGCAUGAUGUGGGGAUGAAGACAGUAAAAUCAUGAUACAUGUGAUUUUAUGUACA